AUGCAAUCUCAAUCAUCAUUAUUCCAUCUUCCUCGGGAGGUUCGCGAUAAGAUAUGGGAGUUCUAUCUUUCCUUUGACCAUGCUGAUUUCGGAGAUACGCUACGGCCCCAGAUUGUUUACUUCGGCGAUGUGCCAUAUUCGCGACAACUCCCGCCUUUGAUGCUUACCUGCAAGAGCCUAUAUCGAGAACUUAGUCCAGCAGUCCAUCGGGAGGCGAUCAUGCGCGUCGAGAUUCCCGGCUGGAACGACCGGCGGAUUGGGUUUGCUGUUAGGGGCAACUUGAAAUUCGACCGAUUAUUAAAGCUCUACCUUCUGAUAACCAUCGAACACCCCAAUUGGAAUAGUUGGCUGUCCUUCUUCGAAGAGGUUAUCAAACGUGCCGAAAAUAUCGAGACCCUGGUUAUUGAUUGGGGUCCGCGACCCGUCGAAUCCGUCGGCUGGGCGGGACGUGCAAACUUGAAAAAGGAAGACGAGUUCUUCGACGCGAUUAGGUCGCUCAAGAAACUUCAGAUAAUUCGGGUGUACGGUUGUAUCUCUCCCAGGUGGGCGAGCCGGUUUGAUGAGAUUGCAACACAUGCGCAUGUCGUUUGUCAUCGAUUCCGCUGGUGGCGAGAGCCUGGCUUAGAUUGA